AUGAAGGUCCUGGCCGGGGAAUUGACUGAGACGGUCUAUUAUACCCCUUCAAGCACGGAUAAAGAGAAUGGUCCUCUCAAAGUCAAGAGUGAGAAGACAUAUCAAGCGGACCAAGUGACCUACAUAUCAGAUGACAUCGGUCUUCAUCGAGUACACAACCCGCAUCCCCAGAGCGUUGCGGUUUCGUUGCACUUGUACACCCCACCUAAUGCUGCGGACAUGGGGUACAACAUCUUCGAUGAGUCGACAGGACGUGCCAGUUUUGUUUCGCAGGCCAAGGCAUUUAAGCCAUCCUCAUGA